GUGGUUUACUGAUUCCAAAACAGUUCCGUGUAGGCAACCAUUAAAAAACCCUAACUAAAUUAUUACUUAAUUAUUACUUUCUUAUUUAAUUUAAAUACACUUUAAUUCCCCUUUCUCUUUCUCCAGUUUCUAUCAAAAUCAAUUUCUUCUCAGCAAACCCUAAUUUUCCAACGAAUCGCAUUCAGUUUCUUCUUCGGAGACUAAUCGAAUCGUCAUGGCUAAGAGUUCCUUCAAGAUCUCUAACCCUCUCGAGGCAAGAAUGAGUGAAUCUUCUCGAAUCAGAGAGAAGUACCCUGACAGAAUUCCGGUGAUUGUGGAAAAGGCUGGACAAAGUGAUGUUCCUGACAUUGACAAGAAGAAGUAUCUUGUACCAGCAGAUCUAACAGUGGGACAAUUUGUAUAUGUGGUUCGCAAAAGAAUCAAGCUUGGAGCAGAGAAAGCUAUCUUUGUCUUUGUUAAGAACACAUUGCCUCCAACUGCUGCAUUGAUGUCUGCAAUCUAUGAAGAACACAAAGAUGAAGAUGGGUUCCUCUACAUGACUUACAGUGGAGAGAACACUUUUGGAUUCUUUACCGUUGCUUGAAUAAGAAUCGAUCUUUUCGAUGACUUCGAUGUACAUAGAUAAAUCAGGAAGAUAAAAUUUACAUUGCUUCCUUCUUUUCUCUGGCUUUUUAACUUUGCUUUGGAUGUUUGAAUCUCUUUCCCUUUGGGUUUACCAAUCGUCAGAAACGUUUCCUUUUUCUUA